UAGGGGGGUGCGUUUCGAGUCCAGCAGGAAAGAGAAGUGCUGGUUGUUUCGAAUUUUGGGCCGACUCAAGCAGGAGACAGGGUGAAGCUCCGGGAAUGCUCCCUUGAUAGAUGCAGUCGGGAGACAGGCUUGUGAAGACCAGGGUGUCUUGUUCACCUAAAUGGAGCCACCGAGUUAAGCCUGCUACUAAUAACGGUGCUGGCGUCAUUUCUUCUGUUGAAUUACUGGUUGUAAUUUCAAGCUGAUGUUAACUUGUAAUCCUUACAGUAAAAUGUGUGCUUCUCUUUGAUUCGAUAAGGGAAUGAUUUAUGACAUCUGUUAGCCUUGUUUUUGCUGCCUUUUUUUGUUGUUGUUGGGGGGGGGGGGAAUUGCUCACAAAUCUUCUCUUGUCGUUAAGUUUUAAUGAUGUGUAAAAAGUAAGGAGGAAACUGCUUUCCUGAUCCACUGGAGAAGCAGCUGCUCCCAUACGCCUCAAAGGAAAGCAAAAUACUGAGAAACCUUCUAUUGACUGAACUUUUCAGGAAGAACAAACAAACAAAACAACCCAACCCUUAGAUGCUGUUCUGAUACCACUGGAACCUUGUGUGCCAAUCUUAACCUCAUGAAACGAAAACAGGAAGACCAGCUAGUUAGUAGUACUUUAGAAAAGCCAAGUUAAAUGUUCUCUCCAAGCAGUAACAAAAAGUAGUCACAUCUUUUUCUGGAGAAAAAAAAAAAUGGCAAGAAUUGAUUGAUUUGUGGUGGUUUUCAUUAGAAAGCCAUUUCAGUAGACCGUGUCUGCGUUGAUUUAAUCUAGAACCAGCUGAGCUAAAGAGAUCGAGAUUGUGCUGGAACAUCCCUCUGCUUGGCUCAGUGUCAGGUAUCAGUGUUAGCUGAGUUCACAAGUGUGUACUGAGAAUUUAUUGCAGACAGGGAUCUUAAAAAAGGAGGAGAAGAAAAUGCUUGUUGAUUUCUUCAAGCGCUACUUAUCAGUAAACUGCUCAGCCCUGGGGUUAGCUCUCAGGAAGAAGGAUAUCUUGUUGGAAAACAUUAAGAAGGGCAAGCCAGGGCACAGAUGGAGCGGCAGCUUUUGUGAAUUUGUGGGCUGGGUAUAGGUAUUAGCCUCUGGUCUGCAUUUGUUCCCACAGCCUGCAAGUGUGCCACGGGAGCCGCUGAUACGCACACCAGUGCAGAGCUUGUGAAUAUGGGUAAGGAAGGAAGAGUUGGUGGGGUUUUGAAGGUGCCUGCUUGGUCUUCUGGGACUGGAUGGUCACCUAGAGGCUGAGAUCUGCUGGCCCCUGCUGUUUCUACAGGGUAGAUGCAAAGUAGUAGGUAGGGCUUACAGCAGGUUGCAAAAAUCUCAGCCAAAAUGAGGUGCAAAACAGUGCUGUGCAUUUACUGACAAGAUUCUUUGCUGUCCAGGAUUCCUAAGGCAGAGACUGUGUUAGUUAUUGGACACUUGCAGGUAUCUGGAUCUGAGCAGUCCCUUUCUGAUAGAAUGUAGUCAGUGUUGUUUUGCAUAUCCCCCCAUUUCCAGCUCCUGUGGUCUAUUUCAGCACCAUCUUUAUUUGUCUUCACUCUUGCUUUUAGCUACUUUCCCGAGGUCUUUUUCCUUUAAUAACAUUUUUGUUUUCUUUUUUCUGAGUAAACACCUUUGAGGAGCAGGGUAGACAGAAGGUUGUGUGCUAGCAAGAUGAGAAUGCUGGGAUCCCAAGCAGACCCCUGCUUUGGGUGAGACUUUUCACAGGAGCUCACAGAGGAGAGCACUCAGGAUGAAAUCCCAGCUAAGUACAAAUACUGAGGUUUUGCAUAACUCAGGAUGGAGAAGAAGAAAAUUCUGAUGAAAUCCAAGGUUGCUGCUCCUAACCUCCUGAGGGCCCUGCAUUCCCUGUACCAGUUGGGUCACCUCUGCGAUGUGACAGUUCACACCCAGCAUCUAGGAACUCAGGAGGAGUUUCUGGCUCACAAAGCUGUCUUGGCAGCUUCCAGCAAUUAUUUCAAAGGACUUUUCUUGCAUGAUGAGGUGCUGGACACCAAGAGUUGCACGGUGACUCUACAAGACAUUUGCAUGGAAGAGUUCACCUCUUUUCUGGAGUUUGUAUAUACCGCAGAAGUAGAGAUUGAAGCGGAAAAACUGCAGCGAAUGAAGGAAAUAGCCGAAAGACUUGAGUGCAAGGAUUUGCUUGAUGUUUGUGAAGAAGUGAAAGCAGGGGGCAAGAAGGGCUUAGAUUUGAGCCUCCAUCUGAAAGGUCAGCCAUGCAAAAAUGGUGGAGCACAGUGGCCUCACAUCCAGCAAGAAGAGGACUGCAGAGGGAGCAGCUCUUCCCAACUGAUGGCAGUACCCAUGCAGGGGAAACUUUGGGACAGGCCAAAACAUAAAAAGCUGCUGGCUGGUUAUGAACUCAUUGAAGGCCAACCAGCAAGUCUGGAGCAGCAGGGCACUGCCUUUCCAGAACCAAAAUCCAGGACAGUAAAGCCACCAAAAUGUAACAAGACAGACACCAGCAGCAGCCUCGGCAUGGGUGUCAUUAGUCCGGAGCACAAUAGUAAUUCUCCUGUAACUCAGACCGAGUCAAAGGAAGCCUGCGUAGUGAUUAGCAGUACGCUGCCUGAGCAGUGGGAAGAUGAAAACAGUAUAACUUCCAAACUUAGCAGUAAAACAGAAUGCAGGAAAUCACCGCGGUGUGUGGCCGAAGUCUUGCCACAGAUGGCAUGCGAGAAGUGCAAUGCGUCGUUCCACAUUACGGAGCAGUACCUGUCACACAUGGAGCUCAAGCACGAUGUGCGUCUGGCUGUCAAGUACAGCUGCAGCAUGUGCCAGCAGCUCUUCUCCAGCCACCAAAACCUCAGGCAGCAUCACCUCUCCAUUCACAGUGAGGAGCGGGGCUUUUCCUGCCUCUUAUGUGACAAGAGGUUUAAGCACCAGAAGGACAUAAACGACCAUGUCCGGAGGGUACACAAGAAGAAGCGGGACCCGCAGGCGUGCCCGUACUGCGACAAGGUCAUCAGCUCCAAGUGUGGCCUGACGGUCCACAUACGAACACACACAGGGGAGAAACCGUACAAAUGUGAGCACUGCCCUGCCAGCUUUGCUCAGAGGUCUGCUUAUAACACCCACGUCAGAAAAAUCCAUGAAUCCGGGCAGGAGAGGAAACUUUUGCCAGUCUACUGGAUGGUAGUUCCACCUGCACGCAGACCGAGUGCAGCUGGCGGCGGCAACGACCCUGAGAGGGAGACGUGGGAUGGUGCCUCAGAGGGUGAACUACAGAAGUGUUUCAUGCUCAAAGAGGCUGCAAGCCAUGAGGAGGAACCUGCUCCCAAGGCAGACGGUAGCAGUGAGCAAGAACAGAAGCAGAAGUAUAAGGAAGCUGAAGCAAGAAGGGAAAAACCGAGUGAAGAAGGGAAUGAAGCUGAAGGUGAAAUGAGUGUGAAGGGAGAGGAGGAGGUAGAUGACAAAGCAGGGUAUUCAGAAGUUGAAGAUAAUAAUGAGGAUGCCUGUACUGAGGGCGAUGAGGAUGAAGAACGCUCUAAUGAGAAGGAUGUUGAAGAACGUGAAUCAGACAAAGACUUUAAAAUGAAGAAGGUAAAUAAAAGUGGGGUGAAUAAGAAAUCUGCCUAUGUAAUAACAUGUGAUAAGUGUAAUGAACAGUUUGUUUCCCGGAAAAAAUACGUGGAUCACUGCAGAGAUGUCCAUCAGUGCUUGCCUGGCAAAGUCUAUCAGUGUGAUGUCUGCAGCAAGUCGUUUGCUAGCUACAACAGCUGGAAGGAGCAUCGAGCUUGCGUCCACAGUGAAGAAAGGCAGUUUGCCUGCACCCUUUGCAAUGCCACUUUUAAAAGAAAGAGAGAUGUGAGGACGCAUUAUAUGCGGAAGCAUGAAGGCAGAGUCAAACGCCCUCUCUGCUCCGUCUGUGGGAAGAUCCUCAGCUCCCGAACAGCACUGGUGUUUCAUAUGCGGACACACACAGGAGAAAAGCCAUACGAAUGUGGCAUUUGUCAUUCAAAGUUUGCUCAGCCAUCACAACUUAAGAUCCAUACCAGGUCCCAUACAGGGGAAAAGCCAUACAUUUGUGAAGACUGCGGGGCUUGCUUUGCCGAUAAGGGGAAACUCACUGGCCACAAAAGGACACAUACAGGAGAGCGCCUCUUUAAAUGCGAUGUGUGCGGAAAACACUUUGCCACCAAUGAAUACCUAAAAUGCCAUAAACGAUGCCACAUGGGUGCGAAGCCAUACAAGUGUGAGGUUUGUGGGAAGACGUUUGGCUUGCGAGCCUCGCUAGCUCAGCACAGCAACGUCCAUGCAGAGACCCGUCCGUACUUCUGUGAGCAGUGCGGGAAAACGUUCACGCAGCAGGGUGCCCUGCGGCGCCACCAGCGCAUCCACACCGGGGAGAAGCCAUACAAGUGCCGGGCGUGCGAGAGAGCCUUCACGGACAUGUCCACACUGCGGAGACACGUGGCGGUGCACGGCGGCGCGGCCCCGUGGCGGAGCUUCCUGGCGGGGCCGCCCGCACGCCGCGCGCACAACUGGUCCCGCAUCCGCCCGCUGCACGAGCCCGCCCGCAAGUGACGGCGCGCGCCGGCGCG